CAGGCUUGCCGUCCUACGUCACUGUAUGUUGACGUGUUUCUUUGGAGCAGAGCUACUCUUCAGUUAGCAAAGUCCUGUGGACAGGUGAGGUGAAGUAAAGCGCUGACAGCGGAUUGUCCUCGUGCCUUGUUAGCGGAAUAAUGGCCGCUGACUGGGAGGAGAUUCGCCGCCUGGCCGCGGACUUUCAGCGGGCUCAGUUUGCGGACACAGUACAGAGGUUGUCGGAGAGGAACUGCAUAGAAAUCAUCACAAAGCUGGUUCAGGACAGAAAGUUGGAUGUGGUGCACACUCUGGAUGGGAAGGAGUACAUCACUCCAGCUCAGAUCAGCAGGGAAAUCCGGGACGAGCUGUAUGUCCAUGGAGGAAGAAUCAACGUUGUGGAUCUGCAGCAGAUCAUCAACGUGGACUGGGUCCAUGUGGAAAACAGAGCCAACGACAUUGCCAAGUCGGAUAAAGGGGUCCAGCUGGUCCUGGGACAGCUCAUUGAUGACGCCUACCUGAACCAUCUGGCUGAGGAGGUGAACGACAAACUGCAGGAGGCUGGUUUGGUCAGCAUGGCAGAGCUGUGUAAAAGCUACGACCUCCCAGGAGACUUCCUAACUGAGGAAGUGUUGAAACGCCUUGGAAAACUCAUCGAGGGAGAGAUGGACCAGUACAACAGAGGAGUGAUCUUCACCAGAGCUUUUGUUGCACGUCACAAAGCCAGAAUCAGAGGCCUGUUCAGUGGAAUUACAAGACCAAUACCCGUCAGCAGCAUGAUUGCAGCAUUUGGAUUUCAGGAACACCUCCUGUACACCGUUUUGGAGGAACUGGUGAACAGCGGACGUCUGAAGGGAAGCGUAGUGGGAGGACGACAGGACAAGGCUGUAUACAUCCCUGACAUCUAUGCCAGAACGCAGAACGCCUGGGUGGACUCCUUCCUCCAACAAAACGGAUACCUAGAGUUCGAUGCACUGCUCCGUCUCGGGAUCCCUGACCCGUCCAGCUACAUCAGGAAGCGCUUUAGAUCCAGCAAGCUGCUAUUCCUGCGUGCCACCUGCGUGGGUCAGGCUCUGGUGGACCAGGUGGAGGCCUCUGUGGAGGAAGCUGUUAACUCUGCCACAUGGACCGACCUCCAGUCGGUCCUGCCCAGCUGUCUUUCCAUGGAGGACAUGGGGAUGCUCAUUAACCAGGCCCUGAGGAACGCUAAUGUCCAGUCGCAGGCCAGUGUUCUUGGGGGUACUGUGGUGGUCAGUGAGAAGUUCAUCGGCAUCUGCCAGGCACUAUUUGAAGACGCCAUGCAGCAGAAGGCUCAGAAGGAAGUGAACAACCCAGUGUUCCUGAUAACGGAGGAGGACCUGAAGCAGGCGUCUGCUCUGGCCGAGAUUGCUGCUCCGUCCAAGAAGGAGAGAAGGGAUGCCGAGCGCAGGAAGAAGGCUGCAGAGGGUAGCGGCAGCGCCAAGGCUGGUGGGGGUGGCAACGCCAGGGAGAUCCGCAUCCGCAAGACCAAGAAGAAGGGCAGGAGGGACGAGGACAGCGAUGAGGAGGCAGGAGCAUCACAGCAGAGUCGCAACAGGCCAGUCGAGGCUCCCUUCAUGGCCCAGGAGGAGAUCGCUGCUAUUCUGAAGGACAGACUGAACGACUGUCCUGAAGACAUCCUGUCUGAGCUGGCCGAGUUGCUGGUCAGGCCUCUAACCAAAGCUUACCAGGACGUCCUGAGGACUGUCUUCAUGUCCUCCAACAGCUCACCUUCAGCGGCCUGCAAGAAGAAGAGCAUGAAGGAUCUGCAGGAGGAGAUCAGUAACCUGUACAACAACAUACGGCUGUUUGAGAGAGGCACCAAACUAUUUUCAGAUGAAACUCAGAUCCAGAUCAUCAAGCACAUCCUGAAGACCUUGUGCACUGAUGUGACCAACAUUUUGGUGAACUUCCUGGCUGCUGACCUGAUGAUGUCAGUCGACAACCCCAGCACCAUCACCACCGAGGUCAGAGUGAAGAUUCUGGGCAAACUGUCAGAAGAGACCAGAGGUCCUCUGAUGAAGCUGCACAACUGCCUCAAUGGCAAGACAAUGGAAGACUUCCUGAGCAGCUUGGAAGCCUCUGCAGAGGUCUGUGGCUUCAUGCUCAAGAAAGGAGACAAGAAGAAGGAAAGACAGGCGCAGUUCCUGCACCGCCAGGCCCUGACAGAGCAGCUGAAGGAGGCAGAGGACCCAGCGCUGGUGCUGCACCUGACCAGUGUGCUGCUGUUCCAGGCCUCCACCCACUGCAUGCUGCAUGCGCCGGGCCGCUGCGUCCCACAGAUUAUUGGCAUACUGACGGGCCGCAUCUCACCGGAGCAGCAGCAGCUGCUGUCUGCCUACCAGGGCCUGGUGGUGAAGCAGCUGGUGUGUCAGAACCAGAGCAAGAAGCAGGAGGAGGAAGAUGGUGAUGAGGAGGACAAGCAGGAAGCCAGGAAAGUCCGUGCCCAGCUGCUGACCCUGACACCCCAGGUGAAGCAGCUGGUGCUAUCUCAGAGGAAGACAUCUGUCAAUGAGGACUGAAGAAAAAAAAACAUCCUCCUUCCUGCUCCUCUUCAAUAUGAAGUCAGACAGUAAUCCUGUAUGUCAUGAGUUGUAAAUGUGGGAAUCAUUUCAAAUCAUGAAGUGAAAAUCCUCUGUGGGAUGAGUCCAGUAAACACAUUAACAUAGAAGUCCUCAGUGAGGUACUGAUUUUCAUAAUAAAACUGCUUAUUUCCUCGUGUGAUCAGUUCAUUUCCCCUUAGUGAAUCAUUUCUCAGCAGGCUGAGCCAAACCACAGAAAUUACUUUGACAUUACAAAAAGAAUCCAGCAGGAGCAGAAGCUGAACCGCUUAAGAGAUAUAAUGAACCGCUGCAGAUGCGUCUAAAUCAUAGGUGUCGAACUCUGGCCUGUUGGUCAAAUUUGGCCCGCAGCAUAAUUAUAGUUGCCCUGUGAGGCACUACUAAAUGACUACUAGAGCUGCCCUGCUGGUAUUAUACAGCAGUGGUCCCCAACCUUUUUAUUGCCGCAGACAGGUCAAGGCUUGACAGUUUUUCUGCGGCAGAGGUAGAGGGGCUUCUGCAUGUUGGUGUGUCUGCUAAAGGUUAGUUCAAAUGGCACAAUUUUAAAAUUUUUGCCCCAAUUUUUUCCUUGUGACAAUUUUGGAACCUUCAAGAUUCAUUGUCAUUCAAUAAUGAACAAACCGUUCAUUAUUGAAUGAAUGGCUGUCAGAAACAUAACGUCAAUAUUAUGCUCAGUGAUGAAAUACUUAAUAGAACAAAGUUACUUUGUGUUACUUGAAGGCUGAAAGUUCUUCAGUCUGAGGUUUGAAUUAAGACUGCCUUAUUUUGUAUUUCUGUUUUUUGUAAAGUUUCUUGUAGUAAUCCGGACAGGUAAUGUCACAUUCUGGAGGAAGACGAGUGUAAAGAUAAUAUCUGGACCCCGGUCUCAGACAUCAGAAACUUAGAGUGCUGGAUCCUCUGAGAAGUCUGAGGCAGGUGGUUUAAAUGAAAUGAGGUCUGCUACGUGAGCGCUAAGGAGAGACGUGCCGAGGUGAACCUGUUGAUUUAUCUGUUUCAACAGAUCUGUAUCUCCAUCUGUAAAUUUGAGAAACUCGGGUCUAGGCUUCGGGUCAUUGCUUCAAAAAAAAUGUCUUCUAGACCAGAAGACAUUUCUAUGAAGUGGGGGAGCAGAGAGGGAGGGGGGAAAGAGGAGAACUUGUUGCUCUGUCUCCAGUCAAUGUUAUAUCAGCUUGUUGUGGUAUAGUUUGCUCCUGAUACGCUGAGGGCUCCAUCCUAGCCAGACAUCCUUGAACCUGUUCUGAAGCGAUGGUCACAUUGUUGUUCUUGUUGAUAAAAUGAAACAUGUUUGSAGUGAGCAGCCUUAUUCCGUGUUUGUUAAGAUUGUGUCCUCCUCUUCCAAAGAGGUGAAAGUUCUGCCAGUUGAUCCAGAGGUUAUCGAUGAAGGUCACUGAGCUGGCAGAGCAGGUUUUAAUCAGCCAUUUGUUUAUCAUAAGCAGCCUGGAAUGUUUUUCGUCUCCCCAUUGAGGACCACUGAGAAAUAACUUCGUUUUUAAUUUUCCCAUAGUGUCCAGAAGAAUAUUAAAGUCCUUUUUCAGAAUCUCGGAUUUUUGCUUUGCCAGAUCGUUGGCUCCAACAUGCACAACUAAAGUCUCAAUGUUUGGCUGAUCAGUGGUUAGAGAGAGCACUUUGCGGGUCAAAUCAGAUACAGUGUCACCAAGAAAAGAAACCACUCUCGUUUUCUUGGGAUUGCAAACAUGACUGAUUCCAUUUACUGCCUCAUCUCCAACAAUAAGCACUCUUGGCAUACCUUUCGUUUUCCUGGUGGUCACUUUGUCCUUCGGAGCUUUGUGCGGUGGAUGUGUUGGUUUAGCCUCAUUGCUGAUGUUUGAAGGUGGGUUUUCACUCAGAGGCUCAGGCUGGAGUGCAGAAAAUCWGUUUUUCAGUGGGAUUCCCWCGGAGUCAGGAUGUUUUGAGGCUCGGGCUGGUCGCUUUGUCCUCGGGAACGGGGUCGGUGUUGAAGUUAAAGGUGGGUUUUGGCUCAGCCGGCCGCGCUGAUUUGUCCAGGUGAGGGGUUCUCCCUGGUAGUCGUCUCAUGGGAUCUGCAGUGUGAGACUGUUUCGGCCUGGCACCCUGACAUGUAAGUGUCAGCCAAUCACAAUUCCCAAAAAUUAACCCAGAAAUCAACUGGCUAACAAAUGUAUUCUUAAUUAUGCAUGCAUAGGGUAUAAUGCAAACAGCACCAUCAGAGAUGCAAUAAGUUUAUAGCAGGUGUGUGAAUGAUCUAAUGAUCGGACURCUGAUUGCAACCAGUCCACUUGCUAGCAGAACUAGAGGACCCCAAAACAAAAUUUUGCUUAGGGCCCCGUGGAAGCUUGGGCCAACCUUGAUUACACAUAUGUCACUUAAAUUACUUUAUUGUUCAUUUGUUUAUUGAUUUUAUCUCAUUUUAUUGAAAUCUAUUUAAUUUUUUAGUGUAGUGGAUUUCUUUAUCUGGGACCUGAGUUCAAAUUUUGUACCACAGACAAUAAAAAAAUUCUUGAAUCCUUGGAGUGCAAAAAUAUUAACACUGCAAGGUCAAAAGUCAGUUAUGAUGUAUUAAUACUAUUUUCUUUGUUUGAGUUACUUUGGUGUUUGGCUCCCCCUCCCUGGCAGACAAAAGGCGUGAUAAAAGGCUGAGGUUCCUGAAGUACUGCUGAUGGCCUAAUUGGACUGAACCACAUGCUUUAUAUGCUGGGGGGUGUUUUGGGUCUUAUUUCUUUGUUUUGGGUUAGUUGUCAGGUGGCAGCCAUUUUGUUUUUCCCUAUUGUUUAGCUAAACCAGUAUUUAAAUCCCCUUAUGUGUCAUUUCAGGUUAGGUCAGUCUGUUUUAUGUCAGUUACGUCUUUGAGUUUAGUAUUUUGUGUUGACCUCUUGUAUUGGCAUGCCUGUCUAAUUAUUAUGUUAAUCAUUGUUCAUACUUUGAGGUAAAUAAAGACGCACUUUUUUAAUUCAA